AUGACAACUGCAGUUGUUGAUCAGUUCCUCCUUGCUCCACCCUGCUCUGAAUCCAGCCUGCUCUUUGUUACAAUCAUUGGCGCUGGCAGUGCAAGUGGUACAGCAGUUCCACCAUUCUUUGUUUUCCCGGGCAAGCGGAUGAACAGUGACUUGUGGAAAGGGGCAUCACCAGGAGCCAGUGGAACAAUAUUCCAACCAAAGGAACUGUCUGGCUGUAUUUCUCUGGCAUUUGUUAAGUGGGUGCAGUGUGAUGGCUUAAAAAAUGGCAUCCCAUGCAAGCACUGGACACACCUAACAUUCUGCACACCUAUAUGUGGAUUUGCUGGUCUGUAUGACUGGCAGUUGAGGAACAACACUGGACCUGAGUUUGUUCUUCAUGAUGGUCCCCCAUAUGCAAAUGGAGCCCCUCAUGUAGGACAUGCUAUUAACAAGAUAUUGAAGGACAUCAUUAAUCGUUACCACGUGCUCCGUGGAGACCGUGUCCACUAUAUCCCUGGCUGGGACUGCCACGGGCUGCCCAUAGAACUGAAGGCACUUCAGGGCAGGGGCCAGCUGAGGUUGACACCAGUCCAGGUCAGGGAGGAAGCCAAGAAGUUUGCAGAGAGCUCCAUUCAGGCUCAGAUGAAGUGCUUUAGCCGAUGGGGGGUGAUGGCCGACUGGACUGCCCCAUAUUGCACAUUCCACCCAGAAUACGAGGCAACACAGCUGGAAGUUUUCAUGCAACUUUUAGAGAAGGGCUAUAUCUACCAAGAUGUGAUGCCUGUGUAUUGGUCACCAUCUUCAAGGACUGCCCUUGCUGAGUCUGAGUUAGAGUACAACAGCAGCCAUGUGAGCACGUCUGUGUAUGUUCGACUCCUGUUGAGGGUCAAACCUGCCUUCAUUAACACUGACAAACGGGUAUUUGCUGUUAUCUGGACCACAACUCCUUGGACAUUACCUGCCACUCAGGCUGUGGCAUACUCAGAGAAUAUAAGGUAUAUGUGCAUGGAGGAAGAAGACAGCAGUGAUAUGUACCUUUGUGAGGAUAGCUUUGUGGAAAAGCUUCAAUCUAUCCUUGGAAAAAAACUGCAAAAUGUUGGAUCAUUUAUGGGAUCAGAUUUGCAUGGAGUAACCUAUGAGCAUCCGUUGACCAAUGAAGAGCUGCCAUUCCUGGCUGGAGGUCAUGUGACCGCAAACAAAGGCACAGGAUUGGUCCACACAGCGCCCUCACACGGCCAUGAUGAUUUUCAACUGGCAAAAUCUCAUCAGAUUGACAUUGAAGUAUUUCUCGAUGACAACUCUUGCUAUACUGAUAAUGCUGGUCAGGAUCUUGUUGGUAAACCAGUUGGAAAAGAAGUGGAGGAUAUAGUCCUUGAGAAGCUUGGCGACAUGCUACUGCGCAAGGAGGCGUUCACUCACAGCUACCCGUAUGACUGGCGGACCAAGAAACCUGUCAUCAUACGCACCAGUAGACAGUGGUUUAUUGACACCAGGGCACUUCAUCAACAAGCCAGCGAAUGCCUUCAAGAUGUCACUAUAUUUCCAUCGAGUCUGGCGUCCAGCAAGGCGGCCAUGUUGGGUUCCCGGUCAUACUGGUGUAUCUCACGACAGCGUGUCUGGGGCGUGCCUAUACCUGUGUUCUACCACAGACAAACCAAGCAGGCUCUUACUUCCAGACCUAUAAUAGAGCACAUCAAAACCCUGGUUGCCAAGGAGGGGUCUGGCAUUUGGUGGUCACUCUCAGAUGAGGAAUUACUGCCGCAGUCACUUCUUGACCAGUUAGGGGCUGGUAAGACGGCUGAUUACGAGAGGGGUCAAGACAUUCUGGAUAUCUGGUUUGAUAGUGGCUCCUCAUGGGCAGCUGUUCUUGGUGCAGGGAAGCAGGCAGAUGUGUACUUAGAGGGGACAGACCAGUUUGGAGGCUGGUUCCUGUCUUCAUUGCUCACCUCGGUGGCCCUGCAGGGGAAAGCCCCUUACAAGAGCCUGGUUGUGCACGGCUUCACGAUGGAUGAGAAUGGCAGAAAGAUGUCCAAGUCUCUCGGCAAUGUGGUCGACCCAGAUAUUGUGGUCAAUGGCAGCAAGAACCAGGAGAAGACUCCGGGGUAUGGUGCAGACGUGUUGCGAUGGUGGGCCGCUGUGUCCAACCUGCAGUCUCACAGCUCCAUCGGGACAACCAAGCUGGAGAACAUCAGAGCUGAGCUCUACAGUUGUAGAACGACCCUUCGUUUCCUCUUGGGCAACAUCAGCUGUAAGAACGAGGGCCCACUGGUCCACUAUGAUUCCUUGUGGCCGCAGGACAAAUACAUGCUGUAUCAGCUCUACCAGCUUGCUUCAAAGAUAUGUGGGUUCUAUGAAGACUUUGAGUAUGCCAAACUCCUUCAGCAUGUGCUCAAGUUCUGCAAUGAUGAUGUGUCUAAAUUCUAUGCCUCCAUCGUUAAAGAUAGGUGUUACUGUAGUGAGGAAGACAGUGUACCACGUCGGGCCAGUCUUACGGCCCAGUUUCACAUCCUGGACGUGUUGACCCGAGCCCUAGCUCCCAUUCUCCCUCACUUGACUGAAGACCUCUAUCAGCACUACCCGCCUGGAAAACGAAAAGCAGAUGUGGACAGCCUGUUUAAGACAGGCUGGUUUAACCUUCCAUCUGAGUGGAACAACCCAGAGAUCGUGCACACGCUUGGGCCGGUACUGGACAUUCGAGAGCACCUGAUGGACAUCCUCGGAUCGGAGCCCUCCCUAGAGUUUGAUGCAAUGAUCUUCUGUAGCAAGCUGCUGCAUAGUAAACUUCAGGAGCUCCAGCCCCAGCACACAUCAAGCCUGUCCCCCCUGUGUGAGAUCCUGCAGACAGCCAGCACCACCCUUACUGAGGAACCCCUCAUGGUGAUCCCUGACGACGUGCAGGCAAUCAACGGUAUCUGCAAUGUCCACAUGAAAGAUGGCUUUGGGUCACCAGAGAAAUAUGUGAUAAUUUUAAAGGAUACAGACCGCUUUCUGUGCGAGCGUUGUCGUCGGUUCAUGGCAGAUGAUUCUAAUGAGCCCUGCAAACGCUGCAUGGCAGUGCUAGCGUCUGGUUGGGAAUAA